AUGGAUGCAGAAUUUAUCGAAAAGCAAGCGCACGCGGCUGCAUUAGUGCAAGUUGCGCAAUUAUUUCAACGCGCCGAUCAACUCGAAAAGCUUGAAAGCAUCAAGAAACGUGCUGAUCGAAAAAAGGCAGCAGUGGAAGCAAUGCUUCGAACUGGCGUGCAGUCACAACUUGAAGGUAUACGAACAGCUAUUGGACACUUAUCAACGACUAUUGAAGAUGUUAAAAUUGUUGAGGCUAAUCUGCAAGAAAUUUACGACACUUUGGGAAAAUUUCCGGAAUUAAAAGAGAAAAUGGCUCGUUUACGUGAAGCAAAUAUUAAACAUAGUCAGUAUGCAACUGCUAUGGAACAUCUUCGUCAUAUUUACAAUAUUCCAGAAAUCGUCGAAAAAACUCACGAAUUUAUCGUUGAGGGAAAAUUAUUACAUGCGCACAAAAAUAUAAUGGAAUUAGAACACGCUCGUGAUGAUUUGACCUAUGAGCUUCACAAAAUACAGCAAAGCAACGUGCAGUACGAGAUUAAUCUUGUGCAAGAGUUGGCUAAACAGCUUUGGUAUAUUUGUUCGCGAUGUUUAGAAGCAGUUCGUGGCUUAGAUCAAGGCCCAGUACAACUCGUUACAGCACUUCGAAUUAUUGAACGUGAAGAAAGAAUCGAUAAAUAUUAUUUGGAUCGUAAGGCAUCUUCGAACAAUUUUAUGCCCGUUGGAAGACCGCGUAUGUGGCGCCAAAAAUGUUUGGAAGUUAUUGCGAAUACUGUCAGGCAUCGGAUUGAAGGGAAUCAGUUGGAAGAUAGGUCUCUUAAUAAGCAGUGGCUUGCAAGAUAUUUGGAAAUUUGUCGACUUGUUGUUGUCGAAGACUUAAAAGUUGCUAAAAGUGGUGCAGUGCAAUGUUUUCCACCGAGUUAUAACAUAUAUGAUCGAUUCGUUCGAAUGUAUCAUAAUUGCUUAUCUUCACGUCUUCGUGAAAUUGCUUCUGAAAAUUUAGAAAAAAACGAACUAGUUCAGUUGCUGAGUUGGAUUCAGGCGUAUGGUAGCGAACAAAUGCUGGGUAAUCCUCGGUUGCAAAUAAAUGUUGCUGCUUUAACAGCUGAUCAUCCUCUUUUGCCCAAAUCCACUAUUACACAACUUUGCGAUCAAUUCGUAGAAAUGACCCGCAAGGAUAUUCAUGAGUGGCUUGAAAAAACGCUUAUGCAAGAGAAAGAUGACUGGUACAAACAUGUUCAUCCUGAAGAGGAAAGUUUAGGGUAUUUUUACACUCAAUUGCCAAGCAUUUUAUUCGGAAUGAUUGAAGACACGAUAGCUAUAGCCAAUAAUUUGGAUAUUUGUAUUGAUUCGACCGAAAAAUUGACAAAGCAUAUUCGUCUUACUAUGGAAACUGAUGUUGUUUCUUCUGAAAAUAAUGAAACUUUGAAUGAGGAACAAAGUAAAAAUGUUCCACAGUCACCGAGAAGUCCUUUAUUGAUUGGUGUAUCAAGGCAAGAAUUAUUAGAAAAAGUGGACCAGCUAAAGAAGCGGUGGAAUAUCGCUUUGCAGUCAGCUGUUGGUGGUCUUCUUGAUGAAGUUUAUGAAGAUAUCGCUCCUCAUCUUGCUGAGCUAUUAACUAAAAAAUGGCUUGGAGGUUCUUCCGCUAUCGAAACGAUUUGUAUGACUAUAGCAGACUAUCAUUCUGAUCACAAACGUUUACGGCCUCACUUACGAUGUGCUUUAAUGAUGGAAUUACAAUAUAAAAUUGUUGGAGAAUACAUUAUCGGUAUCGAUAGCAGGAAAAUAUCAUUUUCGCAUUAUGAAGAGAGAAGUGACGCUGCAGCACUUCUUAAAAAAGAUGCGGAAAGGAUCGCUAAUCUUUUUGCAAGUCUUUUAAGCAACACUGAUAUGAUGUUUGCCGAUUUAACAGCAGUUCUUUUUGCAAUGGCUGAUAUAUUAAGUCUAAGAGAUAAAAGUUUGCUCGCACUUGAAAGUACUGCAUUUGUCCGGAAAUUUCCUGAUAUUCAUUCGGAAUUAUUAAGUGGUCUUUUGCAAAUGCGUGAAGAUGUUGGACGGGCCGAUGCAAGAGCACUUGCUGAAGAAACCAUUGGUCAUGCUAAAUGCCAUAUUAAGAGUGAUCCUAUAACUAAAAAGCUUUUUCAAAUGUGUAAAACUGGUUCAAAGCGAAAUUUUGCAUUCGAGGAAACUAUGCAGAAUAUGUUCGCUACAUUUAUUUAA